GCUGUGGGCGGGGCGGGCCGCCCCUCCGGCCGGAAACGGCUGCUUUCCGGGGCGGGCGGCCCCAGCGCCGACACGCAGUCGGACACCGGGAGGGCGCCAGGGGGCGCCGGGAGUGGGUCGCGCCGGGCGGCCGCACGCGGGACCGGGGGCCGGUUUGGGGACGGGCCGGAAGUGCCUGCACUGGGCGGCGGAGCGGUCAGUCUCAGGCCCCCGGUUCAGCCACGCGGACCACCGGGGCCGCCACCACCCCCGGACCAUGCUCCUGGUGCGCCUGACUUCUCGGCUGCUGAGGGCUGUUCCUCGGGCAGGUUGCGGUGGGCCCUGGCCUGUGUCGGUGGUGCCAGGCGGGCGCGCCUGCAGGCCUUGCUACAGCACCCAGCCCACAGCGCCAAGUGGAGUUGCCUCCGUCCCCGGCAAGGGGCUCCAGCUGGAGCUUGAGGAGAUGCUGGUCCCCAGGAAGAUGUCUGUCAGUCCUCUGGAGAGCUGGCUGACCGCGCACUACCUCCUGCCCACACUAGCGGCCAGGGCCCCAGGGCCGGUGGCUCCAUCCCUGCUCUAUGAGUGUCCACCCAGCCCAGUGGGGGAAGGGGCCGAGCAGGGGAUGGAGGAGGUCUCAGAUGCCCCCGGGAUGCAGUGCAAGAACGUGCUGAAGAUUCGCAGGCGGAAGAUGAAUCAUCACAAGUACCGCAAGCUGGUCAAGAGGACCCGGUUCCUGCGGCGGAAGGUGCGGGAAGGACGCCUGAAACGGAAGCAGAUCAAGUUCGAGAGAGACCUGAGGCGCAUCUGGCUGAAGGCAGGCCUGAAGGAGGCCCCUGCAGGCUGGCAGACCCCCAAGAUCUACCUGAAGAGCAAAUGAGUCUGGUGCUGCUCUGUCCCACCUCUGUUGCUGCUGAUGACCCCCUAAUAAAUGUUCAGGAACUUA